UUUCAGCUUGCGAUUGGCGUCGGAACAUUCUCGCGAUCGAUGUGUUGGCUCAACUUCGACGCAUUACUGUCGCUCUGCACGUGCGUACACACACACAGCUUUUGAGACUGGACCUGCCUAGACAGUUUCCUCUCACUCGGACUUCAGGCAGUUGGGAUGGCGGCGACCAGGACUGCACCAUGGAUCAUGUGCGUGGCGCUGCUGGUUCAGGGUGUAGCUGGCGCGGCUUCCAUGAUGGUGAGCGAGGGCGUCCAUCGCGACAGCGACCCGUACAACGCCUCGCGCACGAGUGACAGUAUGAAGGAAGUGCAUGAAGUGCAGGAAGUGAGCGGCAUGCCCGCGCAGCGUUCAGCUGGUUACCUAUCUUACACCCUUGGAGGAGUCAGCCAUUGUUGCACUUGCGGUUGGAAUAGUUGGUGGACCUCGGCGACAAUUACCGAGCCAAUCGUGGCGAUCAAGAUGUCUGGCUACUGGAGAGACCAGGGCUGGGGGGGCUACAAAGGCUACAUCCGCGUUGUGGUGGGGUCGGAGGCGUAUAACUAUGGUGUGGCACCUCAUUCCAGAUCGGCGUUUUCGUUCACCUGGACAUUGCCCGCGCCCUCGGCAUCUGGCAGUCAAGUAGCGCUGUCUUACAACGUUGGGUGGGGAGGCGGGCACUGCCUCUACGUCGAUAGUGGCGCGAACCUGGCUGUGAUCACCGCGACGCCCAGCCCGACGCCCUACCCGACGCCCUACCCGACGCCCUAUCCGACGCCAAACCCGACGCCCUACCCGACGCCCUACCCGACGCCCUACCCGACGCCCUACCCGACCCCCUUCCCGACGCCCUACCCGACGCCGAACCCAACGCCGAACCCGACGCCCAACCCGACCCCCUUCCCGACGCCGAGCCCGACGCCCUACCCGACCCCCUUCCCGACGCCCUUCCCGACGCCGUUUCCGACAGCCUUCCCGACGCCCUUCCCAACGGGCUUCCCGACGCUGUUCCCGACGCCCAGUCCGACGCCCAGCCCGACGUAUCCUCUGGGCUGGCCGACGCCACAUCCGACGUUUCCUUCCGGAGCUCCCCUGGCGGGUGGAGCUGGCGCAGGCGUGGGCUGCUACUGGCGACCCCCACCUUCAAAACGUUCUCGGUCAGCGGUUCGACUUGAUGAAACCGGGAAAGCAUGUUCUGAUUAACGUCCCCCGUGGAAGGCGUUACAAUGCAAUGCUUCGCGUAGAGGCUGAGGCGCGUCAAUUUGGAGGGCAGUGCGCAGACAUGUACUUCCACGAGCUGAAUAUCACGGGUGCGUGGGUGGAGGCGAAGGGAACCGAAGGCCUCCGUUUCCAAGCUGAGGGUGCGCGCGACGAGCAUCCGCAGUGGUUAAAGUUUGGGGUCAUUGAACUCAAAGUAGCCCAUGGGCGCACUGAGCAGGGCGCCUUGUACUUGAACUUUUACGUCAAGCACCUUGGGCGCAGUGGGUUUGCCGUCGGAGGGUUGCUUGGAGAGGAUGAUCACACUGAGGCAUCGAUGCCUUCGAAGGCAUGUGCUCACCGCACUGUCCUUUAGAGGCAGUCUUAGAAUGAUGACAUGCGCGGGAUGAGGGCAACCAAUGUUCAGCUCUUCUCACACUGGGAAGAAGCAUGCAGCGGCCCGUGUGCGCAAACAACACUUCUGUUUCUACCAUGAGAAAAUCGCGAUCUAUAUGUCUGGCGAUCUCGAUAUCUCGGUAUCUAUCGACCUCCCUACCAAUCGGUCUCACUGUGUGUCCAUCGACUCGAC